AUGAAGUUCCUUUGUCUGUUAUAUUUUGCUAUAGCGUCAUCAAGUGCUCUAGUAUUGGUGGACUCGACAUUGGCAUCAGCUUGUGUCUAUUAUGAGAAAGGGUUCGACUGGGGUUGUGGUACGCACUCCAAUGGAAUGAAAGCUUACACAUGUCGAUGUGGAAAUGUAAAUUGGCUGGGUACUAUAACCAACUGUAUAAACAGUAACUCGAAAAGCAGGCACGUUGUGGACCACGCUUUCAAACAUAUAGCAGGAAGAUGCCUCUCAAGAGGAAAUUUCCAUUACUCAUUGGAUGAUAUGUGGAAAUUUUAUGAAAAUGGAACUCGGUAUCUGAGAAAUCCCACUAAGAAUGAUGAAGAAUCCGAAGUAUUUACUACGCUUCUGGUGAAUCAAACCGAUUUUGAUUGGUACUAUAGUAAAUUCAAAGGAUUUACCUUUGAAGUUGAAAGAAGUCAAUGGUUCGGUUGGGGCCUGGUGUUUUAUUGGGCUUCAAUCAUUGCCAUAGCUUCAUUGUUUAAUAUUAGUAACAGGUAUAUUGGCUUCAAAUUAUUUUCUAAAAGCUUUCGGAAACACUUGGCGAUUCCUCCUUUGGUUCGUAUAGGCAAUACGACCAGCAGAUAUGCCGACCUACUCCUGCCUGACGCCUUUCGAACACGUCUUGAGGUAUUGAUAGUUGGUGUGUUUGUUUGCCUAUCAAUCAUCUCUGUUGGUGUUGGUUACGAACUUCAAACCCCUCAUCCAUAUCUGACUAAUCGCUGGUUCAUGAAUCUGGUCUUGGUUAGUUACAGAGUGGAUUUAAUGUCGAUGUCAUUGUUUCCUGUCAUUUAUUUCUUUGGGAUUCGUAAUAAUCCUUUUAUCAAAAUUUCUGGGCUCAGCUAUUCUACAUUUAACUACUUUCAUAAAUGGUGCGCAUAUGUAUGUGCUAUCUUAGCUUUCAUCCACUCAAUAAUUUGGACAACAUACUCUAUCAAAGAAGGCGGGUAUAAAAUGUGGUGGAAUGAUGCGUAUUGGAAAUGGGGAAUUGCAGCUAUGACCCUCCUGGGUCUGCUAGUUUUUCAUGCUGCUAAGCUAAUUAGAGACAUUGCGUACGAAGUUUUCCUCUUUCUCCAUAGAUUUAUGAAUAUCUUCUUUAUCAUUUGCAUGUACUAUCACUGCAUCAGCCUAGGUUGGCUCGGCUGGAUAUGGUCGAUGGCUGGCAUUUUAGGUUUCGAAUACAUGAUGCGAAUUAUAAGAAUUAUGUUAAGUGGAGGGUUCCAAAAAGCCGAGUUGACAUAUUGCGGAGAUUCUGUCCUAAAAAUGACGAUUAGAAAGCCGAAAUUCUUCAAAUAUGGAUGUGGUUCAUUCUCGUUUAUAUAUUUUGUUGAUUUUCAUGACCCUUGGUAUUAUCCAUGGCAAUCGCAUCCAUUUACACUUCUUUCAACUCCUGAGAGUGUUGACGAGAAGCUGAUUGUGUACUUCAGGGCAAAAAAAGGAAUGACAAAUCACCUAUUGAAGAAAAUCUUUUCAUCGGGAGAAUGCACCAUAAGUCACAGAAUUAUCAUCGAGGGCCCCUACGGCAAUAAUGUGUCUGUGGCGCAUCCUAAUAAUAAGGUUGUUGGUAUAGCUGCAGGUCUUGGGGUUACAGCUGUGUACGCUUACUUUUCCAAAAUCGCAAAAAACAAACAAUCCACAAUAGUAAAUAAGUUUAUCUGGAUUAUAAGGAACAGAGAUCAUAUUUCAUGGUUCAGGAAAGAGUUAGAAUGGUUGAAGUCAAAAGAUUGCGAGAUAGCAAUAGUUACUACUUCACAGAUUUCAAUUGAAGACUCGUUCAUUACAUUUAAUGACAAAGAAUCCACGGAAGAAUUUUGUUUUCGAGAUCUGGGCAAAAGGCCGGACCUGGUGCAGAUAAUUUCAAAUGAAAUAACAGCCGCAUGUGAAGAACGCAAUGAUCUGACUUUUAUAGCAUGUGGACCCUCUUCUUUUAACAGAGAAUUAAGAGCAGCAAUCUCUCAGAAAACCUGUAACAGUUUAUCUAUUGCAGUUGAUUACAAGGAAGAGAGCUUCACUUGGUGA